AUGGGCAAAGGGACGCACGUUUCCAUGUUCUUCGUCGUCAUGAAAGGAGACUACGACGCCCUACUCAAAUGGCCGUUCGAUCAAAAGGUGACGAUGCUGCUGCUCGACCAGGACAACGGAAAGUUCACGCUCUCGGACAGCUUCAAACCGGACACUCGAAGCAGCAGCUUCAAAAGACCGACCGGCGACAUGAACAUAGCUUCCGGAUGCCCUCUCUUCGUUUCUCAGGACAUCCUGAAAAAUCCCGUUUACGUCAAAGACGACACCAUGUUUCUGAAGAUGAUCGUCGACACGACAGGUCUGUACGUUUGA